AUGUCUGCGUCUGUUACACCUAUCCAGGUCACAAAGACAAAACACAGGGCCAGGGCGUUAUCGUCAACUUCAGAAAGCAGUAGUAGGAUAUCACAGGAUGACAGCGUAUAUGAUUAUCUAGCAAAGAUCAUUCUCAUAGGCCCCUCGGGCUGCGGAAAAUCCAGCAUUCUUCACAGAUUCGUUGAAGGCCACUGGAAGGUUCUAACAUCGUCUACAAUUGGCGUCGAGUUUGCCUCGAAGGUUAUAAAAGUUGGUACCGGUGCACGACGGAAACGGAUAAAAUUACAGUUAUGGGAUACGGCAGGGCAAGAACGAUUCAGAGCAGUGACCCGAUCGUAUUAUCGCGGCACGGCCGGCGCGCUACUUAUAUAUGACGCUACGAACGCCGCUACAUUCCAGAUGCUCCCACACUUUCUCUCAGACCUGCGCAAUCUUGCCAACCCCACAGUCUCCCUUCUUCUCGUCGCCAACAAAACCGACAAGCUCUCUUCAGCAAACGCGGCCGAUAUAGUCCCCGAAGCCGACGUGAUUGAGUUUGCAAGAGCAAACGGCUCGAUCCCAAUCACGCACACAUCUGCUUUAAGCGGACAGAAUAUCGACGAGGCGUUCACACGGCUGGCGAAUAUGAUUUUGACAAAGAUCGAGCUUGGCGAGCUGGACCCUGAUGAUGUAGGUGCAGGUGUUCAGUACGGAGACGUUCCGAGCUGGGGCGCGGACGGAAGCGUAAGACGGCCCGGCGGGAAAGGAGGGACUAGAGGACGAGGCGUCGUGAGCUUAGUAGGUGGGAAAGGCAGUAAUGCUCUUGGUAUGCGGAGGGGUACAUGCUGUUAG